CAUCGCCUAGCUAUUGGCUAUAUAAGCGCUCAAUCGUUCGAUUUGGAUUUAAGAAAGGCGUUGUGUUUUAAAGGACUUUUGUGCCAGUGAGGAAGAACGACAAGCCUAUUACAAUACUCAGGAAGACUGGUUCACAGCCUACUUUAUAUUAUCCGGUGCCAGCAUGUGCCGUAAUCAGGUCCUGUCGGCGGCUCUUAUUCUGCUCGUCUUAGUCGCCACUCUUGUACACGGCCGCUUUAUCCCAGAUUCAGACUCAAGAUCAAAGCGACAGUCGGCCGAUGUUCGGACGGCCGAGUAUUUAGCCUGGAUAGCGUUAGCCGGUGGUUUAGGGCCAGGAUGUGCGGACGUAGCCUGUGGAGUUGUGGACGUGGACAGAAGAUUAAAAAGAACAUCGUCUGACCAGCGAAUCGCGGAGCUACAGGCGUUGAUUGCCAUGUCCCGGGGCGGGGCAUUGGUAGGCCACGGGCAGGUAGACCCCUACGAGAUUGGAAAACGAAAACGUGACGUUCGUCUAAACGACAAUCUAUCUGAUAUACAGCGCUUCAGAAUUCUUCGAGAUAUUUUCAAAAUUCCCGACGACCGAUCCUGAAGGGGGCAUCUAACAGUCGUCCAUAGUCAGAUCGCCGACGAGGGAUCGCAGGUAGCCCCCCCUGGGAACUCCAAGGACUUGAUUUGUGGCUGUAAGGAUAUCAGUGGACACGGAUUAAUUUGCACUCCCCAUUCGUUCAUUAUUACGCUAAACUGAACCAGAAUGCUUCUCACAGGCAUAUAACAUUGCCAUUUACUGACAGCCAUUUCAUCCUGGAAAACAAAUGCUGUGAAUUCGUGCUUUGGAACAUUUCUAAAGGCAGUGAUUGGUGCAAUCAACUACUCAACAGUUUAACAUAAACUACAGGUCAGAGAAAUCAACUUGCAGAGAAGUCACUGUUCAGAUGUUUAUAAUAUUUUAGAAGAGUAACACGUCGAGAUGUUAUUAGAACAACGCCCUCUGAUGUUAUAUUUUUAAUUUAUGCCCUUGGGUAUAGACUAUCCUAUACCAUUCACCUACUCUGGAUUUUCUCAUUGACGUUCUCGCCAGGAGAGCUUUUCUGCCUAAAAAAAUAAUUAAAGAAAUGUCAUUAAAAUUCGUUUAUCUUUGUACACGAGGCUGUUAUUUGUUUUAUUCCUAUUGUUGAAUAAAAGCUGCCAGGGUGGCCCGGAGUUCCACCGAUCAAAUCUCGCUGUUGCU